UCGUUCUCAAGUUUUCGAAACCGGAGGCGGAGAUAUCAAGAUCACACUUUUCUGUGCUGUUUUCCCAAAUUAUCAAAAGCAGUGAAAAACAGCGGUGCGGGCCGAAACGAUUUUCCAGUUUUUUUUUGCUGCGUUUAACAAUCGGGUGUUUGUGCGCUUUAGUCCGUGCUAAUUCGGUUUACCGUGCGUGAUAGUGAACUGCAAAACUUCCUCCUGGGACCGAAAUGAACACCCGUGCGUUGCUGCAGAAAAGUUACCGGAUCAUCAACGGCAAGAAGAUCCUCGUUGCUGCCACCACCGCCCGGCAGUUCGGUUCAGCGGCGACCGUCGUCGGUGGCGGUGUCAUUAGCCAUGGAUGCUGCACAAAUUGUCGGCCCUUGAAUUCUGGUUCCCCGCCUUCGGCCCUCUUCGCCACAAAUAAGCAAAGAAAUAGAGGCACCAUCAUCCAGACGACCAGAUGGAUCAGCACCGGUAAUGCGCUGCUGAAGAAGGAUUAUUACAACUUGUUGGGCGUUGCGAAGAACGCAUCGGCGAAGGAAAUCAAAAAAGCCUAUUAUCAGCUGGCGAAAAAGUACCAUCCGGAUACAAACAAGGGCGAUCCUGAUUCGAGUCGGAAGUUUCAGGAAGUUUCUGAAGCGUACGAGGUGCUGAGCGAUGACACCAAACGGCGUGAGUAUGACACUUACGGACAGACAUCGGAGCAGAUGGGCAGAGCCGGCGGUGGUGGUCCGGCUGGGCAUGGCCCACAAGGAUUCUCGCAGAACUGGCAGUUCCGCAGCUCGAUCGAUCCGGAGGAGCUGUUCCGUAAGAUUUUCGGCGACGGAGGAUUCAAGGCCGGUUUCGAUGAUUUCUCCGAUUCGCGGUAUGGCUUUGGUGGUGCCCAGGAAGUAAUGAUGAACUUGACCUUUGCCCAGGCGGCCCGCGGUGUCAACAAAGACAUAGACGUUAAUGUGGUGGAUACAUGCCCCAAAUGUACCGGAUCACGAUGCGAACCGGGCACCAAACCCGGCAAGUGCCAGUACUGCAACGGUACCGGAAUGGAGACGAUAUCUACUGGACCGUUUGUGAUGCGUUCCACCUGUCGGUAUUGUCAGGGUACGCGAAUGUACAUCAAAUAUCCGUGCCAGGAGUGCACCGGCAAAGGGCAGACGGUUCAGCGGAAGCGGGUAACCGUUCCAGUGCCGGCCGGCGUUGAGGAUGGACAGACGGUACGAAUGAGCGUGGGAAACAAGGAACUGUUCAUUACAUUCAACGUAGAGAAGAGUCGCUACUUCCGCCGAGACGGUGCCGAUGUGCACACUGACGCAAACAUUUCCCUCUCUCAAGCGGUUCUCGGUGGCACGAUACGGGUGCAGGGCGUCUACGAAGAUCAAACCAUCCAGGUGGUGCCGGGCACAUCUUCGCACACCCGCGUCUGUCUCCGUGGUAAGGGUCUUAAACGUGUCAACAGCUAUGGCACCGGCGACCACUACGUACACGUGAAAAUCCAGAUUCCGACCAAGCUGAACAACAAGCAGAAAGCGCUGAUACAGGCGUACGCUGAAUUGGAAGAAGAUACCCCCGGUCAAAUCAUGGGCGUUACGUUCAAAACCGAUGGUAAGUCCUCCUCUGGAUCUGGUUCGUCUAAUUCCUCUCCAAAUCCUUCAUCAACGUCCUCCUCCACGUCUUCAUCGUGGUCAUCGAAUUCAUCGUCUCGUUCCUCGGCGAAGAACGAAAAUGAAUCUAUCGAGGACAAAUUUACCCAGCGCCCGAAAGAAGAUGAUUUUAGCGACUACCAACCGCAUGAUAAAACCGGUUCUCAUGAUCACAAGAAAGACCAACUCGGAGGAUCGAAAUUCUACUUCGUUCUCGGAGUGGCACUGGUCUUUGUGUGGUACGUGUAUUACAGCUACCAGCAAAUUCCACACCAGCUGGAACUGGAACGAGAUGCGGCGCUGGAGAGGCAGCGACGAGCAGCUCAAACUCAACGACCCCAGAAGAGCCCUUUCGACGAUGCUUGAAGUGGCCACUGGAAAUUAAUAUGCUUUUACAACUAGGAAUGAGCUGUGUUAGAUUAGUAACUGAUCUAGCAACGAUUGUUAAGUGGUUAUUUGAAUGCAAUGUUGAAGCUAAACAAGAAUUACAAAUUCUUUUGACAGUUCGAAUUGUAUAUUUACCCAGUAAUCGCCAAUUAAGACCUUAUAAAAUAAUAGAUGAAUAAAAUUUUUAUUCGAUGCGGAUUGCAUUCGGAACACUUAACAA